AACGCCAGCCAGCUCGGGCCCCAUGGCGCGGCGAUCCGCCCCGCUCCUCCGCCGCCUCCUCUCCUCCCCGCCCCCUCUCCCCGGCCACGGCGGCGGCGGCGCGCGCCGCACGGUGACCUACAUGCCGCGCCCGGGCGACGGCACGCCGCGCCCCGUCACGCUCAUCCCGGGCGACGGCAUCGGUCCCCUCGUCACCGGCGCCGUGCAGCAGGUCAUGGAGGCCAUGCACGCGCCGCUCUACUUCGAGUCCUACGACGUCCACGGCAACAUGCCCGCCGUGCCGCCCGCCGUCAUCGACUCCAUCCGCCGCAACAAGGUCUGCCUCAAGGGCGGCCUCGCCACCCCCGUCGGCGGGGGCGUCUCCUCCCUCAACAUGCAGCUCCGCAAGGAGCUCGACCUCUACGCCUCGCUCGUCAACUGCGCCAACGUACCGGGACUGCCCACCAGGCACAAGAACGUCGACAUCGUCGUCAUCAGGGAGAACACCGAGGGCGAGUACUCGGGACUCGAGCACGAGGUCGUGCCCGGGGUCGUAGAGAGCCUCAAGGUGAUCACGAAGUUUUGCUCUGAGAGGAUUGCCAAAUAUGCUUUUGAGUAUGCUUACCUCAACAACCGAAAGAAAGUCACAGCAGUGCAUAAAGCAAACAUCAUGAAGCUUGCUGAUGGCUUGUUCUUGGAGUCCUGCCGUGAGAUUGCCGCAAAAUAUCCUAGUAUUGAGUACAAUGAAAUCAUUGUUGACAAUUGCUGUAUGCAACUUGUUUCAAAGCCUGAACAAUUUGAUGUUAUGGUUACACCCAAUCUUUAUGGUAACUUGGUUGCCAACACAGCUGCAGGUCUUGUUGGAGGAACUGGUGUUAUGCCUGGAGGCAAUGUGGGCCAGGACCAUGCCAUCUUCGAGCAAGGUGCUUCUGCAGGAAAUGUGGGAAAUGACAAUCUUGUCGAGCAGCAGAGAGCAAACCCUGUCGCCCUGCUUCUAUCGUCUGCCAUGAUGCUGAGGCAUUUGCAGUUCCCAUCGUUUGCAGACCGUCUGGAAACUGCAGUGAAGCGUGUCGUUGAGGAAGGCCGAUACAGAACAAAGGAUCUGGGCGGCGACAGCACGACCCAGGAAGUUACUGAUGCAGUUAUUGCUAAUCUGGCUUAGAUACCUGAUGCAGGCCUGAAGAAUCUAUUCUUUUGGGGGGCUGGUUUACAAGUCCCACCCAACUCCCGAGCGUUAUUUUUCCGUACAGCAUUAGAUCGUCUAUUCUGUUUCAAAAUAAUUGAGGAACCCACCAGGAUUUUUCUUGUCACGAUACUUUGUAGCAGGGUAAACGCCUUGCAUUGCAGGGUGAAUCUGACAUACAUGGAAAGUUUAUUGUCAGUUCUGGUUCAUGGUUAUCAUCACUGCAUGAACCCGGAUCUGUUAUUCUGAAUUAUCAUCUGAGACUUUGCAUGGUUAUGCAAGGUCGUGCUUUA